AUGUCAACCUAACGAAAUAAAAUUUGGGAAGAUGGGAAACUUUGGCUAAUCGAAUUUUCCGGAUGUGCAGCGGAAAUGUUCAACAAUCGUUAAUUUAGUGUCUCGAAAUAGAAUUUGCUCGUCAUUUCGAGCAUAAACCUUCAUGUAUAGAACAGCGUUAUCGCUCUUCCGAGAGUUUCAAUAGAUUUAAUGUCCCGAAACCAGUAGAACGUGGGAUAAAUUCAUGAAUCGCUAUAAAUCCCUGAUUCUGCCAAUCAGACCUAGUGCCUGCGCAAGGGAUGUUGGACUACAAAAGACGGACUCGCUUGAGUAACUCUCUUCAGACCUGACAGUCUUUCGUUUGAAACAUUGCAGCAUGAGCGCUUCUGGUAAACCUCUGCUUGGCCUGUGGCUCUACCGAAGUGGCGAAAAUUGGGACACCAAGAAUGAGGUUCCUAUCCAGAAGGCUUUGGAUAAGCCCCCUCUGAAUGAGGAGAAAACCAAACAGACCUCCAAAGAACUGGAGAGAAUAUCCAUUAUAUUCUCGCUGAAAAAUCAAGUAGGCGGCCUGGUGAGGGCUCUUCAGGCGUUCCACGACCUGGGAAUCAACCUCCUCCACAUUGAGUCUCGUCCCUCAAACACGAGUGAAAAUGAGUCCGACUUCUUCGUCGAUAUCGAGUGCGAUAUGCAUCAGCUUCAACAGGUUGGCGUUCUACUACGUAGGGAGGUGCAGACGAUGGUUAUAGGGUCCUAUCAGAAGAAGGAGAAUGAGUUUUCACCACCGAUUCCAAUUUCAGCAACGGCCAGUUUUGAUUUUGAGGAUGCUCCAUGGUUUCCGAAACGUAUUCAAGAUAUAGACUUGGCUCAGAAUGUUCUGCGGUAUGGAUCAGCUCUAGAUGCCGAUCAUCCAGGGUUCAAAGAUCCAGUUUAUAGAGAACGAAGGGAACAUUUCGCAAAAAUAGCAAAUAACCAUAAGUAUGGACAGCCAAUCCCUACAGUUAAAUAUACGGAUGAAGAAAUAAGAACAUGGGGAACAGUUUUCAGAGAGCUCCACAAGCUCUAUUUGAAGCACGCUUGCAAGGAAUACUUGGAGAAUUGGCCCCAAUUGGUAAAAUAUUGUGGCUACAGGGAAGAUAACAUUCCCCAACUUCAGGAUGUUAACAAUUUCUUGAAGAGGAAAACUGGCUUCCAGCUGAGGCCAGUUGCUGGAUAUUUGAGUCCAAGAGAUUUCUUGUCUGGUCUAGCUUUCAGGCUAUUCCACUGCACUCAGUAUAUCCGUCAUUCUUCAGAUCCAUUUUAUACUCCCGAACCAGAUUGCUGUCAUGAACUCCUGGGACAUAUGCCGCUUCUGGCGAAUCCAAGUUUCGCUCAGUUCUCACAAGAAUUGGGAUUGGCAACCCUAGGAGCCUCUGAGGAAGAUGUCAAUAAAUUGGCAACCCUAUACUUCUUCACAAUAGAAUUUGGGUUGUGCAAGCAAAACGGAGAAAUGAAAGUGUACGGGGCCGGCUUGCUGAGCUCUGUGGCCGAACUGACGCAUGCCAUAAAUCAUCCUGAUAAAAUAAGAAGAUUCGACCCGAACGAGACUUGCAAGCAAGAAUGCAUCAUCACUUCCUAUCAGCACGGUUACUGGUACACCGAUUCCUUCGAGGAGGCGAAGGAGAAGAUGAGGUCAUUUGCCGAAAAUAUCCAUCGUCCUUUUGGAGUCCGUUACAACCCUUACACUCAGAGUGUGGAGGUGCUUAGCAACGAGCAGAAAAUAGAAGCAGUUGUGUCUGAACUACGUGGUGAUCUUUGCAUUGUGAACAGCGCUCUGAAGAAGAUCAGCGAACGCGAUGCCAACUUGGAUAUUCACCGUUUUGAAGAAUUGCUACGAAAGGGUCUUCAGGUUGAGAAUGAUGACGAAGAACCAAACCAACAGCAAAGCUAAAAAACACAUUAUACUGCGAUGAUAAUUAUACCUAUUCGAAUAAUUUUCGCUUUUUGUUUAAUACUCAGCAACUUAGAUGAACCAAAAGUUUUGAAUUGCCAACAUUUCUCCAAUAGAAACUUGAUGUGUACGAAAUUUUGAUAUUAAUUAGAUGUUACAGAAUACGUAGGAUCCUUUUCAGUGAUAUCUAAAUAAUAGUUAACACAAAAUAAAGAAAAAAAUAAUUGAAAAAAAAAUAAAGAAGAAAAAAUGGAAAUAAAAGAAUGGAAAACAAAAUAGAUGUUGAGUAAAUGAAUACAGAGAAAUAAAGUCAGAGACAGAAUAUGAGUAGAUAAUUCGUUCUCAUUUUUAUAUGAUGAUGCUUCUCUGUAUUCACAAGAUGGCAAAUUCUUUUCUUAAUGAAACUCUCAUUUUAUUUUUAGAUAUCUUCGAAUUAAUUUUAUGUUAAAUAAAAAAUAAAUGAAUACAUAAUAGAGGUGAGAAAAUGUUUGCAAUUUUGGUUCAGAUAAGUUUCCGACUAAAAGCUUGAGAUUGAAAUCACUCUAAUACUUUUUUCCGUGUCCUGUAUAUGAGAUAUUCGCUUGAACCAGUCGUUUGAAAUAGUUUCUCUAAUAUGUAUAACAUGAUUGUUCGCUUCAUGGUAACCAAUUAUUCAUUGUAGGUGCUAUUGUGAGAACUGUGAUCCAUCAAGUUUUUAUGUCAGAUAUGAAUAAAAUUUUGAGAGCAAUGA